AUGGCUACGAUUGAGCCUCGUUUAAUUCACCUGCUCAACGAAUCAAAGACUCCCCAGGUUGGGCACACCGAUCUACCGCCGCUGAGCUCUCUACCUUUCUCGUCAUCUACCGACCUACCGCUGCCUCCGAUUGACCGCGAAGCAGGCCACCAGCCCGACAGAACAGCGCUUGACCAGACAGCUGCCCCUGAUGGACCGGCAGGCCUCAGUCUGCAGCCCAUCGGUGAGGAGGGCAUAGCGCAGCAGCGGAAACACGAAAUCCGACACGAUGGAAACUACGCCGGGUCUACGGGUGUCUAUCCAUUGCGAGUUCUCUUGGGAGAGUCGGACCCCUCCGACACACAACCAUACCACCUGAACAGAAUUCUCGAUGACACCGCCGAAUCUCUCGAAGAUGCAUCGAAUAAGAAGAGGAAUCGCGGGAUUGCGGGCAAGGAUGAGUUUCUUCAGCUCCCGCAACCCAUGAAGAAGCAGAAGGCAACCCCGCAUGCCCCAGUGAUGCCACCCAUAAUUAAUGGGCUGCAUGAGCCACCACCGGAUGCUGCCCUGUUUCCGCCUAUUGCUUCUGAUGAGUUUACUAGUAACGAUGCGACCCAACUCAAACUAUUACAAGAGCUCAACUACUCGGAGGAACGAGCGGGACAACUCGCUGCUAAUGGAGGUGUUGGCGGCGCGGGUGGCGCAGACAAAGCUGCAAACAGAGCGAGGAAGCGAGCUACGAAACCAAGAAGAAAAUGGACAGAAGAGGAGACGAACCACCUGUUGCUAGGUGUGAGCCGUCAUGGAGUGGGGAAGUGGACAAGCAUCCUGGAAGACCCAGAUUUCAAGUUCAAUGAGCGGACGGCUGGAGACCUGAAAGAUAGGUUUCGCACCUGUUGCCCUGCGGAACUACGGAACCCUGGCCGGGAAGCUCAACAAACCCAGGCAAACGCACAGAACAAUGGAAAGAAGGGACUGCAGCUGGACAACAUUUUGCGCGAAGACCAGAGCUCACCGGGCGCUGGUGGCAUGAUAACACCCCCGGCUGAAUCUGAUGUUCCACAGAAGCCUAAAAAGUCUAGGGCGCACCGUAAGAGGAUGGAGGAUCUAGAGAGCUUGGGCAUCCAUGCCCCUUUCAAGAAAUCUCUCCGCAGGGAGCGGCGCCCCUUUACAGAGCAGGAUGAUCGUGAAAUCCUAGACGGCCUUCAUCAAUAUGGCCCAGCUUGGACAAAGAUACAGCGCGACGUUCGUUUCCAUCUCUCAGGUCGAUACCCGACUGACCUGAGGGACCGAGUACGUAACAAAUACCCUGCGAUUUAUCAAAGAAUCGAAAAAGGCACAUUCCAAGUUGCCAAAGAUGCGUGUCGAGGUACUGAUAUCAUGGAGCCAUCUGUUACCAUGUCCAUCAACAACUCUCUCCAACCAUCAAAGGCAUCAACUCUCGAGCCUCAAGUCACCCAAUGCACCUCGAGAGAGGAGCUGGCACGAUGGCCCUCACAGGCUGUGGAGGCCAUCGAUCCCAGCACAAGCACAACUGCUUCGCUCGAAUUCGGCGACUCAGUUACCCCUCAUUUAAUUACUGGCGAAAUGGAUAUUUCGAGGCUUCUUUUGGAGGAGCCAAGAAUGCUAUAG